GAGAGCGAUAGAGCGAGAGAGAGAAAAAAAAUGGCGACACGAACGGGCCUCGCCACUCUCUCCGCCUCUAUAAGCCCAAAUCGACUCCGUUCCCCUCUCUCUCCCUCUCCCUCUCCCUCUACGCAUUAUCGCCUCUUCUCCUGCUCCAUCGUCCCCUCGCUCCCCUUCUCCCUCCUCCGCCUCAGCCCUCGUCGAGCUCCUCCACCAUCUCCCAUCGCAUCCAUGUCCUCUUCGUCCUCCUCCUCCUCGUCCUCUUCGCGAUACGACAAGGAGAUCGCCGCGGCGAAGAAAGCGGCCUCUCUCGCCGCUCGCCUUUGCCAGAAGGUGCAGAAGGCGCUCGUGCAAUCAGAUGUGCAAUCAAAAUCAGACAAAAGCCCUGUCACUAUAGCUGAUUAUGGUUCACAAGCACUAGUUAGUCUUUUUUUGAACUUGGAACUCUCUUCUGAAUCCUUCUCUUUGGUGGCUGAGGAGGAUUCAGGAGACCUGCGGAAAGAUGGUGCUCAAGAAACACUAAAGCGCAUUACCGACCUUAUAAAUGAGACUCUUUCUGCUGAUGGUUCAUAUACUAUUCAGCUAUCUGAAGAAGGCGUGCUUGCUGCAAUAGAUAGUGGCAAAUCUGAAGGAGGCCCUUCUGGCCGACAUUGGGUAUUGGACCCCAUUGAUGGAACUAAAGGAUUCCUGAGAGGAGAUCAGUAUGCUAUUGCACUCGCAUUGCUUGAUGAAGGAAAAGUAGUAUUAGGGGUCUUGGCAUGCCCGAAUCUUCCUCUAACAUCAAUUUGCAAUCUCGACGGGCAAAAUUCAGAAGGCCAAAUCGGUUGCCUUUUCUCUGCUGUUAUUGGCUGUGGAACAGAAAUGCAGUCACUGGAUGGCUCUCCACCAACGAAGAUUCAAGUCAGCAGCAUAGAAAAUCCAGCUGAAGCUGCAUUCUUUGAAUCUUUUGAAGCAGCACAUUCCAUGCAUGAUUUAUCUAGCUCGAUAGCAGAGAAACUUGGUGUCCAUGCACCCCCAGUUAGAAUUGACAGUCAGGCAAAAUAUGGUGCUCUUGCCCGAGGAGAUGGUGCUAUAUAUUUACGCUUCCCGCAUAAAGGUUACAGAGAGAAGAUAUGGGAUCAUGCAGCUGGUUGUAUUGUUGUCACAGAAGCCGGAGGUGUAGUGACUGAUGCCGCGGGAAAUAGUUUGGACUUUUCGAAAGGGAGGUACCUAGACCUCGACACAGGCAUUGUUGUCACAAAUAAGAAGUUAAUGCCUUCCCUACUAAAUGCCGUAAAAGAAGCUAUCAGGGAGAGAGACCAUUCUGCUUCCCUCUUGUGAUCCUUUUGUAUGAUGAUCUUUGUUUUGAGAAAUUAUAGCCCUUGAGCAAAUAACUGCUAUCAACCAGAGCAGCAUUCUUCGUUUAUUACCUUAUAUUUACUAUUUACAUCUUGUACACGGCACACACAAAAUUGUUGCAAUGUUUACCAUGUAUGUUGCUCUUAUGUUGAAAAUUUUGGGAUGAUUGCUAAAGAAGGAAAGAAAUGUUUCACUGAUGGUGCCA